AUGGUGUUCAAUUCAAAGAAAAAUAUAAUUUCACUUUUCUCACUUCUAGAAGAUUCUAGACACCCUUCAGUCGGUCCGCAUCUACGACUGCUCAGUUUAACUGGAAUUUGGUACCCGAAUUCAAAGACUAAUAUAACGCUUUUGAAACGCGCUUGUUUCUACGUCAUCGUGUUAUUUUUCGUCAGCCAGUACCUAAAAUGUAUUAUCAAAUUUAAAAUCGACUCGUUGCAGCUAAUUUUAGAGUACGCGCCAUUUCACAUGGGCAUCGUGAAGACAUGCUUCUUCCAAAAAGACUACAACGUCUGGCAGGAUCUCGUUAGUUUUAUUUCGAAAACCGAACGGGAUCAAAUAGCAAAGAAAGAUCCAAAAAGUAUUAAAACAAUACAGAGCUACAUCUCUCGUAAUCGUAAAAUUACAUAUUCGUUCUGGGCCCUAGCAUUCAUCGCAAACAUUGGUGUUUUUAGUAAGCCAUAUCAAAAUAAUCAGAGCGACGUUAACGGCACUGUUACCUACAAUCACCUUUUCGAUGGCUAUACACCAUUCUCAGAAGAACCACCGGGGUAUUAUUUUUCCAUGGGAAUCGAAACUAUACUGGGUCAUGUCGUAAGCUUCUAUGUCUUGGGCUGGGACACUCUGGUUGUGUCCAUAAUGAUAUUCUUCGCCGGUCAGAUGCAAAUGUCUCGACUGCAAUGCUCGAGGAUGAUAAAUGGAAGCCCGGAGCGGACUCAUAAAAAUAUAAUUAAAUGUCAUAAAUUUCACACGGAUUUGAUCAAGUACCAAAAACAAUUUAAUUCGCUUAUAUCCCCGGUGAUGUUUGUUUAUUUAUUCGUAAGCUCCAUCAAUCUUAGCGUUUGCAUCGUUCAGAUUGCAGAGAUAGAAGACGAUUUCGCUACAGUAUUAUCAAGCUUCAUCUUCUUGCUGGCGUGUCUAAUACAGCUGCUACUAUUCUAUUGGCAUAGCAAUGAAGUUACGGUUCAAAGCGAACUAGUAAGCUACAGUACUUUUGAAAGUAACUGGACAUCCACACAGAAUAAACUACAGAAAGAAGUGGCCCUACUAGGUCUAACAACGUCCAAAACGCUGGUCUUCACAGCUGGUUCCUUCAAUCAUAUGACCUUAGCGACUUUCAUAUCUAUCAUAAGAGCAAGCUACAGUUUCUACGCUUUACUGAAUAGUACCAAAUAUUAA